UUAUUUCUUCACUUAACAGGAAAAUUAAAAAAAAAUCUUAACUGUAAACAACAGUUAAGAUUUUUUUUUAAUUUUGUAUAAUGUUUAGAUUUCUGCAGUUAAUUACCUAAUUAAUAAUUAUCAGUCAUUACAUAUUCCUAUUUAUAUGGAUUCUAGCGCAAACUUAUUUAAGGCUUAAUAAUAAAGAAAAAAAUUAAUAAAAGGAUAAUUUACUGAACAAUGAAAAAAAAUUAUGAAAAUAUGUAAACCAAAAUUUUCCUAUUGGAUCUUGAGUGAAAACAAAAGCAGCAAGCAUAAACGGUUAAAAAUGGCACCAAAUUUCAGUAAAAAUGCAAUUCUAACAGGACUUUUGGAUUACUACUGUUUAGUUUGUGAAUAUCACUUCCAAAGUGAGGAUGAAAUUGCAUUACAUAUAGCGAAAUUAACUCAUAAGGAAAAUUUGGAAAAGACAUGUUAUGAUAUUGAACAUGAACGUAUAAGAAAGAUAAAGCAAUGGUACUUUUGCGAGUUUUGCAACGAUUUAAUAAAAACAAAGGCCAAAAUACGAUUGCAUAUCGCUGAAGAUUUGCACUUGAUUAACAAGUUUCGUCAGUCUUUGUUACGAUGUGAUUAUGGCAUCCUUGCGUAUGGUGUUAUAGCCAUCAGCAAUAGUGCCUGGAGUGGUUUAUGUGGAGGUACAUGUCUAAUCUGCAACUGCGAAUAUACAGAUGAAAAACAACACGCAGACGAAUCUAUGCAUAUCAUCAAUUUAAUUAAAAAUAACAUUAAAUGCGAUGCUCAAUAUAAUAUCUAUCGUUUGAUUGAUGCAACUUCUUUUCAAUGUUUGACUUGCAAUUCUCUGGAAUCAAUUACAACUAUAAAUUCUCAUUUUACGCAUGAUUCUCAUAAAAAAAUAUCCGCAAAUUGUAGACAGACAGCUAAAUCCCUUAAAACUAUGGCAAUUACUAAAAUGUUACCUGCAAAUACUGAAUUGAAUACAAAUAAUUCAACAGAAAACAUUGAUUUGAAUGCAAAUGGUUCAAAAACAAACAUUGAAUUAAAUGAAAAGGGUUCAGCAGAAAACAUUGAAUUGAUUGCAAUGAGUAUAACAGAAAACAUGGAAUUUAAUGCAAAGGAUUCAGCGGAAAAUGUUGAAUCGAAUGAAAAGGUUUCAUCAGAAAACAAUGAAUUGAAUGAAAAUAAUUCAGCUGAAAACAUUGAAUUAAAAGAAAAGGCUUCAUCGGAAAACAUGGAAUUGAAUGAAAAGGGUUCAGCAGAAAAUAUUGAAUUGAAAGCAAAGAAUUCAACAGAAUCGGAAUUGAAUGUAAAUAAAAUAAAUAAAUCCAAGGAAGGACAUGAAAUCAAAGAUAGUAAACAGACAAAAAGAAAAACUUCGAGAAAUGUAAAUAGUAAUCAAAAUCCAAUUAAUGUCAAAUACUGCAACAUAGAAGAACGUGAAAAAAUUAUUUUGAAGGUAUUAAAGACGCAGAAUUAUUUUGUACCUUAUAUAAAUGAUAGAAUGAUGUGUCUCAUAUGUGAAUGGUCUAUUGACGCAAGUUGCAUUCAAGAACAUCUCACUGAAUCACACCAUGAAUGUUUGCUUAAACUUCAUAAAGAACGUAUACAAAAAUUAAAGAAUUCUCCACCAUACAACUAUAAAACAAACGAAAGUAACGAAAACUCAAAUGUUGACUCUAAGAUGAAUGAUAAAGACAUAUCCGACGAUAGUUCUAACAUCUUGGAUUCGUUAGAGUUUUUACAGAAAAACAGUAUCAAUGUUAACUUUGAAACUAAUAGCGUUAUGUGCAAGAAAUGCUCAAAAUCAAUUGACUUUAAUUUAAAAUGCAUUCAAAUGCACAUUAAUGAGCACAAAUCCACCAAUAGUGCAGACACGAUACAGAAAGAAUGUGGAAGGUUGUCAAAAGCCGAAAAAGUCGCAAAAGAUGCAUCGCCACAAAAACCAGCAGAAAACACAAGUUCCGUAACUCUUAAACGGAAAAAAACGGAGAACUCACCUAGUCAAGAUGACUUGGAAAAAUUUGCAAAGGAUAAUAAGCUAAAAUAUAAGCCUGGAGGUAAAGACGUAUUCUGUGAACAAUGCAGAACUAGAGUGCCAUUCACUCUAAACAACAUGAGGGAGCAUAUAAAUGGUUAUGCACAUAAGCCGCGGGAUGAAUCCAUAAAGAAAAUGAAAAACACAAAAGUGUAAACCGUCGUAAUAAUUGAUUUCAUCUAAGAUAUCACUACAGUUCAAGAAGGCCUGGAGGCCUUGGAUUUCGUUAUUAAUGGAGAAUUUUGUAUUACACUAAUUAGCAUGCUUUUAAUUAAUAAACGUUGUGAAAAUUCCUACUCA